AUGAGUUCAAAUUUUAAUAACAGCAACAAUCUAUAUAUUCCGACUUUAGAUUCUGACGAUUUUCUGUCUCAAACUGAAAAUGAUCUUGAAGAACUGUCUAUAUGGGAAAAGGCCGAAUUUAACAAUAGUCCAAUGGAUUAUUUAAAAGUUUCUCCAAAUUUUGAAGAUCAAGAUGUUUCAGCCAUGUUUUCAUCAUCUAAUAUGUCGACAAAUGUUAAAAAAAUGAGUUCAAAUUUUAAUAACAGCAACAAUCUAUAUAUUCCGACUUUAGAUUCUGACGAUUUUCUGUCUCAAACUGAAAAUGAUCUUGAAGAACUGUCUAUAUGGGAAAAGGCCGAAUUUAACAAUAAAUCGAUUAACCCUGACAAUGCAGCAAAAUUAGCAGCUGAAGAAGACAAAAGAAGAAGAAACACAGCUGCAUCUGCCAGAUUCCGUGUUAAAAAGAAAUUACGUGAACAGGUACUUGAAAGAAGCGCAAAAGAAAUGGCCUUAAAGGUGGAAUUGUACGAAGGAAAAAUCAAGGAACUUGAAUUGGAAAAUAAAUGGUUAAGAAGUUUAAUCGUUGAAAAAGAUGCUAGGUUGUUGGAUGUUGGACCUGCUGAUAAAAAACAAAAGUGUCAAAUAAGCAUACGUGUUACCAAUUGCAGCAAAGAACCACAUUUACCAGUAACUUUAGAUGGUACAGUGUGUGAUUCACCAAUCAAUGAGCCCUAG